AUGUUGUCUGCCAAGCUUGUUUCAAACAAUUUGAAGAAUAUUAGAUUCUUCCACUCUACCUCUGCUUCAUUAGCUAAUACCACCAAGUUAUUGAUUAAUGGAAAGUUUGUUGAAUCAAAGUCAAAGGAAUGGUUAGACGUCACCAACCCAGCAACUCAAGAAGUUGUUACUAAAGUACCAGUUGCAACUUUGGAAGAAAUGAAUGCUGCAGUUGCUGCUGCCCAAGCUGCAUUCCCAGCCUGGAGAGAUACAUCAGUCUCUAACCGUGCUCGUAUCAUUUCCAACUACAGAGCUCUCAUUCAAAAGAACAUGGACAAGGUUGCCGCCAUCAUCACCCAAGAGCAAGGCAAGACCCUCCCAGACGCCAAGGGAGACGUCUUUAGAGGAUUGGAAGUCGUCGAACACGCUUGCAACGUUGCCUCGUUGAUGAUGGGAGAGACUGUCGAAAACGUCUCCAAGAACGUCGACAUUUACUCGUACAACCAACCAUUAGGUGUCUGUGCUGGUAUCACUCCAUUCAACUUCCCAGCUAUGAUUCCACUCUGGAUGUUCCCAUUGGCCAUUGCCUGUGGUAACACCUAUGUCUUGAAGCCAUCUGAGCGUGUCCCAGGUGCCUCUAUGUACCUCGCAGAAUUGGCCAUCGAGGCUGGUGUCCCCGCCGGUGUCUUGAACAUCAUCCACGGCGCCAAGGACGCUGUCAACUUUAUCUGCGACGACCCCGCUAUCCGUGCCAUCUCCUUUGUCGGAGGUGAAGCUGCCGGUAAGCACAUCCACGACCGUGGCACCAAGAAUGGCAAGCGUGUCCAAUCCAACAUGGCCGCCAAGAACCACGCCACCAUCAUGCCAGAUGCCUCCAAGGAUCGUACCCUCGAUGCCCUCACCGGAGCUGCCUUUGGCGCCUCUGGUCAACGUUGUAUGGCCUUGUCUGCCGCCGUCUUUGUCGGUGAAUCCCAAAACUGGAUUCCAGAGCUCGUCGAACGUGCCAAGAAGCUCAAGGUCACCUGUGGUGCCCAACCAGACUCUGACCUCGGUCCAGUCAUCUCACCAGCUGCCAAGGAGCGUAUCCACGCCCUCAUCCAAACCGGUAUCGACGAAGGUGCCAAGUGUGUCUUGGAUGGUCGUAACGUCCAAGUCCCAGAACAAUUCAAGAAGGGUAACUUUGUCGGUCCAACCAUCUUGACCGAAGUCACUCCAAACAUGAAGUGUUACACUGAAGAAAUCUUUGGCCCAGUCCUCGUCUGUCUCAAGGCCGACACCCUCGACGAAGCCAUCAAGCUCAUCAACAACAACCCAUACGGUAACGGAACUGCCAUCUUUACCUCAUCUGGUGCUGCUGCCCGUAAAUACCAACACGAAAUCGAUGUCGGUCAAGUCGGUAUCAAUCUCCCAAUCCCAGUCCCACUCCCAUUCUUCUCUUUCACCGGUUCCCGUCGUUCAUUUGUCGGUUCCAACCAUUUCUAUGGCAAGACUGGUGUCCAAUUCUACACCCAAAUUAAGACUAUCACCUCCAACUGGAGAGACGACGAUAUUUCAACUGGUGUUUCUACUCAUAUGCCAAUUUUGGGUAAGAACUAA